AUGAGGAGUUUUGUCCCUUUGUAUCUUGGACUUGAAAGUAUCACUAGAAAUACUAUUAUUUCACAACAUACAAGACCUCUUGCAAAACACUUAUUUGGUGCUGAAGAAGAUGAGAUGAUUCUGGUUUUAGACGGUACGUACAUUUAUAUUCAGAAAAGUGGCAAUUUUAAGUUUCAGAGAAGAUCAUACAGUAUACACAAAGGUCGACCGUUAGUGAAACCUAUGGUUGUAGUGACAACAACUGGGUAUUUCGUUACCAUAGUAGGACCAUUCUUUGCUGACAGUAAAAAUAAUGAUGCAGCAAUCUUAAAUCACAUGCUUCGUUCAAAUACGGAGGACAUAAGAAACUUUGUGAAAGAGAAAGAUAUAUUUGUUGUGGACCGAGGAUUUAGAGAUUCUGUUUCUUUGUUAGAAGAUCUCGGUUUACGAGCAGAGAUGCCUGCAUUCAUGACUAAAGGUGCAAAACAGAUGCCAACAGAUGAUGCUAAUUCAAGUCGUAUGGUCACAAAGAUAAGAUGGGUUGUAGAGUCAGCUAAUGCGAGGAUCAAAGCUUGGAAAUACCUGGACCACGUGCUACCUACCAGUCAAGUACCAUAUAUUGGUGACUAUGUGCGUAUAGUAUGUGCGGUUUGUAACAAAUAUUUACCUCCAUUAGGUUUGGCAAAUCUUGAAGAAAGUGACAUUCAGUUAGCAGCACACAUGCGUCACUUGAGUUCUCAAGUAAACAUGCUUAAAACGUAUGUCGAGGAAAAUAAGUUAGAGCGCGGAAAUGCAAAAUGGUCUGCUGUAAAUGAUGAAGACUUAGACUGUUUCCCAAAACUCACAGAGGAGCAACUUAGAACCUUUACCUGCGGAGUAUACCAGUUACGGCUAAGUCCAAGUUAUAUACAGGAAUAUAUUGAUGGAGAUUCUGAUAUUUAUGUGCAUAAGGAAAAUGCAAAUCUUAUCCGUGUAAGAAUUCAGAGUCGUCACGUUUCGUCAAGAACAUACCUGUUGUGGUUACAAUUUACCGCGUCAGAGGUGACGGCGUGGUAUUGCAAGUGCCGCGCAGGGGCACGUGUUGUUGGUGUUUGUGCGCAUGUGGCUGCAAUUGUUUGGUACCUGAGUUAUGCGAGGUAUUUCAUCAAUCGGUACGGAGUUUAUGACUGGGGAUUACAUUUGUCUGAUGCCAGUAAUUUACCAGAUCCAAUUGAUAGCUCUGAGACGGAAAGUGAGGCGAGUUGUAUCGAAGAGUAACUGCAGCGCACCGACAUUAUGUAAAACUUAGACCAUCCCUCAAUGUUAAAUGUUUGAUAUUUUUAAAACUUUUCAUCAGCAGAUUUUAUUGUGAUGUAUGAGUCAUGUUUUGUAACCAUGGUAGCGUUCAUUAUGUUCAUCCAGUCAACUUUCUUCUUUAAGUACGGAUAUAUUCUGUAUAUGAAUGUACACUUGUAUAUCAUUUAGUAUGUAAAACUGGAUGGUCAUUGAAAAAAGGUAAUAGCAACCAAUUUAUGUUAAAAUGAUCAUUUAUUAAAAGGUCAUAUUUUAACUGAUUACAUUCAAAAUGUUUCUGUAUAAUCAGCUCAAAAGAAUUACAAACACUAUAUAACAACAUUGUACUGGAAGUUCUGUUUCUGUGGAAAUAACACUGAGAGUGCAUUCCAUAGAAAUAAUAAUGUAUUAACUUGUUCGCACAGUUUUUAAAACGUUUGCUUUUAAAAAAUCAACUGAAAAUUUGAAUAUUAGAAAUUUUGUAUUUCAAGGUAGUUGCUAUGGUAACCGUUCCAUGUCAUUUAUGCAAUUCUUUUUAAUAAUUAAUUACUUUUAUUUUGACCUGAAAAGUUCUAUCCUUUUAAAAAAAUAAUUACGGUAGUUAUUGUAACUGCUGUUUAAAUACAGUAAAAUUAAGGAAUUAGGUGACUGUUUCCAUGGUAACAGAUGUAGUUUUUGAUAGUUUUAUCUGUCAUAUUUUUACAUAUUAUUAGUUAAAACAAUUUUAUAUGGUAUUUUAGAAUACAAAAUGUGAAAAACAUAAUUUAUUGUAAAUAUCGCUAUUUAUUUGUAAAAUUUCAGAUUACUAGAAAAUAAGAGUUAUCUCCCUUGUUUUUUUCAUAUACGCAGGAGUGAAAACAUUUGAUUUUUGUUUUGUUUGGAAGUAUCAAUAUUUCUUAAAGUGAACAUGUCACUUUUGUUGUUAACAAUCUAACAUAAAUAAGAAUAAAAGGUAUUUCAUUUCAUAUACCCCCAUUUUAUAUUGAGUUUUUCUUUACUCAGAGCCAUGCCAAAAACUUUAUUUUUUUAGAUUUUUGGGAAAUGUAUAUUGUUUAUCACCACGGAUUUCAAAAAUUUAUAUAUUUUUGAUAACUUGCUGAAAAUUUCAGUUUAUUCUGAUAUUAGGCCAAUUUUGAUAGUUAGUGAAUCUAGCCCUUUCAAUAUAAUAUGUUAUUUUGUUAAAGUUUUUUCUCUCUGGCGUCUCUUUUUUUCUCUUUUUCUCUUUUAGCUUGUUGGUCCAUGUUUUAGAACUUUAACAAAAUACUGUUUUUUUUUUUCAA